AUGACGGCCGCACCUAAGAGGUCUCUCGCCCUGUCACCUCCGCCAGUUCCUCAAACCAUCGGCGGCGGAUCCUCGUAUCCAGGCAUACCUACCAUAGCUUCUCCUCCAAGCUCGCCCCGCUUGAAAGACAAAGUCUGCAUUAUAACUGGUUGCAACAGUGCUCUAGGCAUCGGCAGAGCUUCAGCCUACGAAUACGCUUCAGCUGGUGCAAAGGCAUUAAUCCUAUCCGACUUUGACACUUCCAACCUGGACAAUUGGAAACAAGACAUUGAGAAGCUGUAUCCGGGAACACAGGUCGUAGUGCAAAAGGUGGAUGCUGGGAAUGAAGAAGAUGUCAAGGCAGUGGUGAAGUUAGCUCUGGACAAAUGGGGAAGGCUGGAUGUCUUCUUCGCCAAUGCUGGUAUUGGAGGUACCAUGGAGAGAGUCUACGAUGUCAACAAGAAGGAAGGCAAGACGGAACAGGAUUUCAUGAGAACCAUGAAAGUAAAUGCAUUGAGUGUCUUCCUCGCAACAAAGCAUGCCGCCAAUGCAAUGAUGCAGAACAAACCCAAUCCCAGCGGCUCCAUCAUCGCUACAGCCUCGGUGGCUGGUCUACGGUCCAACGCUGGCCCUACAGAUUACUCAGCGUCCAAAGCUGCUGUCAUCAGCAUAACACAAACAUCAGCCUACCAACUCGCAGGUACUGGCAUUCGUUGCAACGCGAUUUGCCCAGGCAUCAUCGAGACAGGCAUGACAGCAGCAAUGUACAAAGCAGCAAGAGCGAGAGGCAGUGAAGGCAAAAUUGGGCAGUUGAACCCAUUGAUGAGAGGUGCAGUAGCAGACGAGGUCGCCAGAGUUGCCUUGUUCUUGGCCACCGAUGAAAGCAGUUAUGUCAAUGGACAAGCCUGGGCUGUGGAUGGAGGUUUGAGUGCUGGCUUGCCAUUCGUACCAGGCAAAUUAGCUUGA